GUGGUGUUCAUUUCACUUUAUUAGAUUUUUCAGGUUUUUUACAGUAUUUCUUCAGUCAGUGAGAGAAUUUAGGUGAAGGCGAAUAGAUUGUUAUGAAAAUUAAACAAUUAAUCAAUUAAAAAUAGGUGUUAAUUAACCGAAUUAGCAUUUUAGUUAAGAUGAAGAUCAGCUCGGUGCUGGUGCCGGUGGUGCUGGUGCUGUGCGGGGUGCUGGUCACGCAGGCGUACGAGGAUGUCGCUCUUGAAGAUGAUGACUUCGCAGAGUUUGAGCAGUUCGAUGCCGAGGAUGACAAUGCUAACGAUGUUGCCGAUUUUGAAAAUGCAGAGCCAUCUUUACCAAAGCCAAAGCCGGCAACUCCAGACCAGUUCCAGAGCUCACCAGAGGUUGAAGAUGAUAUUCUAGUUGAGGAUGAGGAUAAUGAGUUUGAGCAUUUCCAAGAUCCUGAAGAGUUUGAGGGGUUCCAGGACACACCCCCGAAGACGUCUGAACAACCAAAGAUCACCAUUUCUAAGGUGCCAAUAACAGGCCGCCCCCGCUGGGACGCGUACUGGCUGGAGGGCGCUUUGUGCGUCCUUCUUGGCGCCUACGCCCUCGCGUAUCUCGCGGGGCGCGCGCGCAACACCGCGCUCGCCACUAACCUGCUGAAGCUGCAUAAGCCGCUGUUGGAGGAUAACUUCACUUUAGUCGGUGAGACAGGCUCGGACGUGGUGUCCCUCCCCGGCGAGGAGGCGGGCUGGCGGCGCGAGGCCGAGCACUGCUUCACCAUGUGGUGCAGUGGACGAUCCUGCUGUGAGGGCAUGCUGCUGACGUUGAAGCUUAUUAAGCGCCAAGACCUCCUCAACGUGUUAAUCAAUGUGGCUCGCCCUAAAGCGGAUACGUUACAGAUGAAGGUGCAACUGGGCAAAGACGACGGGGACCCGUUCGUGCUGUGCAUAGCUCAGAAGAAGACCGCCACGAGGCUCGCCAAGGAGAUGCAUGACUUGAGCGUAUUCUGCCCGGAACGCCGGCCCGGCGACAAGCACGGGCUGCCCGCCUCGCUCUCAGUCAUGUCGGAGUCGGGCGAGGCCACCGCGGGCAUGUUGGACGCGAGAGCCACCCAGUGCAUCACCCUGUAUCACCGCAAGAUCAACUACAUACACAUCUCUGAUAGAUACACGCGGGUUGCCCCAGAAGAGCAGCAAGCCGCCACGACGCCCCCAGAAACCGAAAAAGUCCUCGUGAUGAGCAUCAACAUCGACGGAGAGAAUGACGAAGACGCGCGGCCGCUGCUGAUGCUGCUGUUCCACAUGCUGGACAAGCUGAAGCGGAUGCGGCUCAGCAAGGAGGCGCUGGCGAAGUGCGAGAAACGCCGCCAGAAGGUCACCGAAGUGUGGAUGCGCGGCGCGCACGCGGCGAGGCAGGAGCAGGCCGCCGCGCGCCGCGAGGAGAAGCGCAAGCAGGAGAAGGAGCGGAUCCUGCAGGAGGACGACCCUGAGAAGCAGCGUCGCUGGGAGCUGAAGGAACAGAAGCGUCAGCUGAAACGCAAGACCCCCAAAAUGAAGCAACUCAAAGUCAAGGCUCUAUAAAUUAACACACGUAUCGACAACAUCGGUCAAUUUAAAAAGGUGUUACCAUUUUCAAAGUACCUAUAUUUGCCUCUCUUUUUCACUCGCGACUGCGUUUGUGCGGUGUCGCUGGUGUAAAAAGAGAUAAAUAGAGUCUGCAAUGUAAACCCCGUUUUGUGAUUGGUCCAGUUGUAAAUGCAUGUAUGUGUGUAGGGUCGAAGUGCCGAGUGCAAGCAAUAAUAGUAGAGUGAACGUUGUUACCUCCUUCUAUGAAAUAAGAGUACUCAGUGAAAAUAUACGAAUUAAGUUAUUUA